AUGAGCUGCGCGCAGGUAUCAGCUAGAGCGACGCCGUGUUUGCAUUCUGCACCACCAUCCCAGAAUCCCUUUCCUUUAUCUCCAAUCCAGAUGCCACUGGCUGGUGCUCACGUCAAAACGGCAAACCCUUGUCGGCCACUUGUUGGCCUUCCUUGCAGCCGUUUGCCCCGAGCAUCGGCUGUUCUUUCCUCCAAGAAACUUCGGGUCUCUUUGACUUGUGUGCCAAUGAAGCUUAUGCAGAGGUUGGCCCUGUUCGCCCUCUUUUGGGCGCAGGGCGAGGGCUUCCGACGCCGGGCCAGGGCAGUCGAAAAGACAGGACUGCGUGGGCCACAAGAGCCGAAGGCGCUGCUGGAAGAGCUCGAGGAGGUCUUGGGCGCUGGUCACCGGGAGGCGGCGGAGCGUCGGCUGCAGGGAUUGGAAGACGACCUACGAGUGACCUUCAAGGCGCUUCCCAAGAACCAGCGCGGUGCUUUGGAAGCACCUUCCGCACGCUAUGCCCUGCACAGGCUCUUCAACAAACGCCAUGGUUGGCAGAUCAAGGGUUUGGAGUCUGCGGGAGGCUCCUGGAAUGUCGAGUCACCGGUGCUCGCCAUGGGGGAUCGUGUCCCUCCACAAAUGUGGGGAGACCUGACUGGGAUCGCCUCGGGUCCUACGGCUUGA